GGGGGUGGGGGGAGUCCUGUCCCCGCUGCCGGCGUUCCUCCUCUCCCCCGCCCCCGGAGAUUCCCCUCCUUCCCUUUCUUCUAUUUCGCGGGGGUGGGGUCGGUGGGAGGGAGGGUAGGCGGGCCUCGUUCCUGGGACACCAUGUCGGACUCUGAGGAGGAGAGCCUGGACCGGCAACUGAAAAUCGUCGUGCUGGGGGACGGCACCUCCGGGAAGACCUCCUUAGCUACCUGUUUUGCUCAAGAAACUUUUGGGAAACAGUACAAACAAACUAUAGGAUUGGAUUUCUUUUUGAGAAGAAUAACAUUGCCAGGAAGCUUGAAUGUUACUCUUCAAGUUUGGGACAUAGGAGGGCAGACAAUAGGAGGCAAGAUGUUGGAUAAAUAUAUCUAUGGAGCACAGGGAGUCCUCUUGGUAUAUGAUGUUACAAAUUAUCAAAGCUUUGAGAAUUUAGAAGAUUGGUAUUCCGUGGUGAAGAAAGUGAGUGAGGAGUCAGAAACUCAGCCCCUGGUUGCCUUGGUGGGCAAUAAAAUUGAUUUGGAGCAUAUGCGAACAGUAAAACCUGAAAAACACUUAAGAUUUUGCCAGGAAAAUGGUUUUAGUAGCCACUUUGUCUCAGCAAAGACAGGAGACUCUGUCUUCCUGUGUUUUCAGAAAGUUGCUGCUGAAAUCCUUGGAAUCAAGUUAAACAAAGCAGAAAUAGAACAGUCACAGCGUAUUGUCAGGGCAGAAAUAGUGAAGUACUCGGAAGAAGAUAACCAACAUACCAGCUCUGCUCAGAGCAGAAUCUGUUCAGUACAGUAGUGCAGAGAGUGGUGAAGGCAGAUAUUGUAAACUACAACCAGGAACCCAUGUCAAGAACUGUUAACCCUCCUAGAAGCUCUAUGUGUGCAGUUCAGUGAGCACAUUUUUCUUUUGUAUUGAUAGUUCUGACUGCCCUUCGCCUCUUUGUGGGCCCCGAGGACCUCUAGGAACUUGUUUUAUCAGUGACCAUCUCUGUAGUUCAGUUAACACUUUCCACUCAACUCUCUUCAUCAUUGCGUGUUGCCUCAGCCUCAGGCAGCUCCUCCGACUGGAAAGAAUUCAACUUCGGGACCACACACUUUGAAUUCGGCUUGGAAAGCCCAUUCUCUGGAAUCAGACUGCUCCAUUGAGAAAGAAUAAUGUUGGCUCUCUUAUGGCCUCACUUCUUUUUUCUGUGAUGUAAAUUUUUGUUUAAACAAAUAUGAAAACUAUCCAGGUCUUGAUUAUCAGCCAGGAUUUUGCUGCAGCACAGUUUCAUUCUCUUAUCUGAACUCAAACCUGGCAAAGUACACUUCAGAGUGCAAACAUCCGAACGAGUAAUAUAUUUUAUCUACUGAUACUUAAGAAAGGAUUCUUUUGCUAUCUCUUGUGAGUAAAAAUAUAUAAAGCGGUAUCUAACUGAAAAUGCUUGAAAUAAAGCUGUAAUAGAAAUAUUUUCUUCAUUAUUUUUAAGAAAGAGCCUAACUUGUUUAUAUUUUAGCUGUAGCUCACAAAGUAGUGAGUAUUUGAUAGUGUAUUUUUAUUAUUGUAUCAUGGUCAUUAUGUCUUGUGUAAUACUCUGGUUAGAUGGUUUUGUGAUUCUGAUGCUCCAUGCGGACUUGCUCCUACAGCCUGUGUGAGAGUCCUCCCAGAAUGAGCUGUGACUGUUGUUGGAUCAUUGUGGAUCAGACUGUACCUGAUGGGCAGAUAUUUUUCUCCUGCAAAUAAAUUUAUUUAAAUUAC